AUUUAAAGUUUAGGCAUUCCAGUGUAGGCAGCUGAAAGUGUUGGACGCGCGCUCUCUCAACACUAAAUUAUUUAUUACGCAUCUCACACACACGCACCCACAAGUAUCGACAAUAUGUUUGAUUUCAAUUUGGAAUUUGCUCGUGGCGGCGCCUCCUUCACCACCGAUUUGUUUCAACUACUGGCCGCAGGUGGCGUUAAGCAGAACAUUGUCUUCUCGCCCUUCUCCAUUCAGGCGUGCAUUGCCUUGGCCUUUGCCGGCGCCCAAGGUGACACUGCCGACGAGAUCGCCAACGGAUUGCGUUUCGCCUCCAAUUUUCCACCAGAAGUCGCACAGACCUUCCAGUUUGUGCUGGAGAAGUACAGGAACAGUGAUAUACUGAAGAUCGCCAAUAAGCUGUAUGUACAGCAGGGUAAGCAGCUCAAGGCCAGCUAUGAGGAGGCCAUCAAGGAGCAUUAUCACUCGGAGGCGGAGUCCAUUAACUUUGGACUGAGUGAUGCGGCUGCCAAGUCCAUCAAUGCCUGGGUUAAUACCAAAACGGCAGGAAAGAUCACGGAACUUGUCUCAGCCGAUGCCUUUAAUGAUAACACUCGUCUCGUCCUAUUGAAUGCGCUCCACUUCAAGGGCAGCUGGGCGCACAAAUUCCAGGAGGAGCGCACCGAAGAGGAUGAUUUCUGGGUGGGCGCCGAAGAGAGCGUCAAGGUUAAUUAUAUGAACCAAAAGGCUAAAUACGGUUACGGUUACUUUGAGGAUUUGAACUGCACCGCUCUGGACAUGCCCUACAAGGAUUCCGAUCUCUCGAUGUUUGUGCUGCUGCCCCAGGAGCGUGAUGGACUCAAGGAGUUGGCCGAAAAACUGAAGACCGUCAAUCUGGUCGAUUUGGCGGACAAACUUGUCGAGGAAGAGGUGCAUGUAAAGUUCCCCAAAUUCAAGGUGGACUUCUCCAUUGAACUGGCCGAUAAGCUGAAGCAGCUGGGCAUCACGAAAAUGUUUGACGAUAGCGCGGAAUUCAACAAUCUGUUGGAGUCCCCCGAAGGCGUUUAUGUCUCAAAGGUGUUGCACAAAGCCACAAUAGAGGUCAACGAGGAGGGCACAGAGGCGGCUGCUGCCACUGGCAUGAUCAUGAUGACGCGCAUGAUGACGUUCCCCGUGCAGUUCCAGGCCGAUCGCCCCUUCCUGUACUGCAUCUGGAACAAGAAAAACAUUAUGUUCGCUGGCGCUUUUGUCAAUGCACCAAAUGCUUAAACUCUGCAAAAACUCAUUAAUUUAUUGUUAUCAUUUUUAAUUGAAAAAAAUACAAGCAUUUCUUUGAGAUACUUUGAAUAAAUAACGAACACGAAAGUA